UGAUAUUACUCAGGUGUAGUUUUUAUUCUAUUAAAUGUUUAAACUGUAUAUAAAGUAGAUAAAAACUAUUAAUAAUAAAAUCUUACUGUGUGAAAAUCAUUGCCUUCUGCAGCACUGACAACACAUAUCAGUAAUUAUAAGUAAAUAAAUGAACUGUUGUACGACGUGAUUUCACCAGUAAAUUGUGUCGUUAAUGCUUCUCUAAGAUGUUUAUUGAUGAGAAAAUCUCAGUAAACAUCACAGUAUUUAAAUAUUCCAGAGCAGCAAAUUCAUAUUUAUUUUUCUCAUGCACACAUUGUUUUGUAAGAAUAUCUAAUACUGAAAAAAUGAUCAUUUUGAUUGUUUUAGAAAGUCAGCAGAAUGUUUUCUUUCAAAGUUCUGAGAAACAAAGCUCUGUGUUUAUGUUGGUAUUUGAACAAACUCUAAGAUACAUAAACUCUCAACAACAGGAUCAGGUAUGUUAAAUCAACUCAUGCUUGAAAACUGAAUGUUUAAUACAAUUGUUUGUAAUUUAUCACGUGAACUUUGUUUAGCCAGAUUACAGGUGGAAUGUUUUGCUAACAUGUUCAUUUACAGCGGUGUGGACGAACUACGAGCAGCUAAACUGAGGUAAAACUGUUUCAUCCUCCUGAAGUAAUCAGGACAUUUUGAUGCCUUAUUCUGAGCUAAAGCGUAGGACUGAUGGACUAAUAAUGCUUUGAAUAUUUAAUCAAAACUGGCUUCUGUUUUAAAUGAGAAAGAAUUUUACUCAUGCACUUUACAUAACUUUAAGAGAAUUGAGUAUUUAUUAUGAGAUUUCUCUCUGCUGCUGCUGUGUCUCUUUCAGUUGUGUUUUGGAGAAGAAAAAUCCCGCCCUUUCAGUGUGACCAUGGACAAUUUGCCCUUUAGCUUCUUUCUUGUAUCACUUCUGGUUCUGCUGGUGAAUCUGAUAGUUCUGCUGUUUCUCUGCUGGACUGUUAAAAACACCAGAAACAUGUUUGCCCAACGAAAGCCUCGAUCAAAAGCCAGACCAGUGCCUGUAGGAGGAGGCGCUGAACAGCUAACACCAGAUCUUAUACAGGAAGAUGGAACACAAGAGAGAGCAUUUUUAAGGCUGCCAUGGUGGAAAGAAAAAACCUUUUGCAGCAAGAAGAAGCAUCUGACUGAAGGCACUCUGCAAGAGCUGAGCUCCCCUCACACUGCCUCCAUCGAUCAGGACCAAACUGAGAACCUCCCUCCUCAGGAAUCAGAUGCAUCAGAGCAAGCCUCAACCUCCUGUCAGGAUGCACUCAACAGGGUGUGAGGAGAACAAGUAACAGGAUGAAAAACAUCAAUAAUCAGCAAAUAAAUAAACAUCUCUAUUUACUAUGACA